CGGCUUAGGCUAUUUCUCUGUCUUCUCCUCCUUCUCCCACUUCCUUUUGCCCUCUUCACACUGAAGAACCCUAAACUCUGAAAUUCCAAGUAAUCUUCUUUUCCCUUUUCUUUCUUCUUCAUCUUCAUCUCCAUAUUAUUCAGUUUAUACCCAGUAAGUGCAGCGCGGGUGCUGGGAGGUCCAUUAUUUUUGGUGUUUUACUUGGUGCUUGCAGAUUUCAUUUCUAUCGCACCCAUCGGGCUCUUCUCCUUUAUUGAAAAGGUUCCGGGGUAGUGAGCCGAUCUUGAUGCCUGGACUAUCCUUUUCUUCAAGGGAGCAACUGUGCUUUGCUGUCUUUUCUGUUGCAUUGUGACGUCCUAUAAACAAUCUGAACAACAGUAGUCCUCUGUCAGCAUCAUGGCUGGAGUGCUGUCUGGAGAAGUCUCUCAUCAUGGAACAUAUCAAGGGGGUUCUCAAAGACACACUCCAGAGAAGCCAGAGGAUGGUUCUCGUUGGUACUUUUCUAGGAAGGAGAUUGAAGAGAAUUCACCAUCUAAGAAAGAUGGCAUAGACUUGAAGAAAGAAACUUACUUGCGCAAGUCAUAUUGUACAUUUCUGCAAGAUUUAGGCAUGAGACUUAAAGUACCUCAGGUAACCAUUGCCACAGCAAUUAUUUUUUGCCAUAGAUUCUUCCUUCGUCAAUCCCAUGCAAAGAAUGACAGGAGGACCAUUGCAACAGUAUGCAUGUUUCUUGCUGGGAAGGUUGAGGAAACUCCUCGCCCUCUAAAAGAUGUAAUUCUUGUUUCAUAUGAAAUUAUCCACAAGAAGGAUCCUGCAGCAGUUCAGAGAAUCAAACAGAAGGAGGUAUAUGAACAGCAGAAGGAAUUAAUCUUAUUAGGAGAAAGGGUUGUUCUUGCAACCCUUGGUUUUGAUCUUAAUGUGCAUCAUCCUUACAAACCACUUGUUGAAGCAAUAAAGAAAUUCAAAGUUGCUCAAAAUGCCCUUGCACAAGUUGCCUGGAAUUUUGUGAAUGAUGGACUUCGGACAUCUCUGUGUUUGCAAUUUAUGCCCCAUCACAUUGCAGCUGGAGCCAUAUUCCUUGCUGCCAAGUUCCUCAAGGUGAAGCUUCCGUCAGAUGGUGAGAAGGUUUGGUGGCAAGAGUUUGAUGUCACCCCACGCCAAUUGGAGGAAGUAAGUAAUCAAAUGUUGGAGCUUUAUGAACAAAACCGAGUGCCACCAUCCAGUGAUGCUGAAGGAGCUGCAGGCAGUGGGCCUACUAAUCGAGCCCCUGCAAAAGGUCCAACCAGCAAUGAUGAGACUGCUACCACGAACAGUAAUUCUCAGACUGGUCCCACGAGUUCAAAAAUUGAAAUCUCAAAGUCUGCAGCUUCUAAGGCAAUGCCUGAAUCAUCUGCUACUAAUCAUGCUGGGCGCCCUGUAUCCAACCAUAAUAGAGGUAGUGAUUAUGGAAGCUCAGAAAUGAGACACAGGGCAGAAGAUGAAGCUAAACACAAUCAACAUCCAGAGUGGGAACCUUCAGUCUUUAAGGAAAACUCUCAGGAACCUGCAGACAUGAUCAAAUCCCGUUCUGGUUAUGGUGAAGAGCAAGAAAGCCAUUUUGCAAGAAGUGAGAUGAAGGAAUCUGGUGAAUUUAAAGAUAAACAUACAAGCAGAAACCUAGAUCACAGAGAUGGCACGUCUGGCCGGCCACCUCAGGAAGCCAUAAAGAAAAUUGAUAGAGACAAGGUAAAAGCUGCACUAGAGAAACGGAGGAAAGCAUCUGGUCAGAUGACUAAAAAGACGGAAUUCAUGGAUGAUGAUGAUCUCAUUGAAAGAGAACUGGAAGAUGGGAUUGAACUGGCUCCUCAGAAUGAGAAGAGCAAGCAGGAUAGGAGGCAAAGCUGGUCUAAGUCGUCUGAUAGAUCAGAUCAUGAGACCAUGCAGCAUGGAAGGCAUCAAGAUAAUGAAGAUGAGCAUCAUCAUGGUAUAAAGGGUCUUCCAUCAUAUCAAUCUGAUCUAAGUAAUGUGGAAGAAGGGGAGUUAUCGGCACUUGAUGACAUUGGUCUGGGUCUUCAGUCGCCCAAGUCAAACAACCGCAAGAGAAAAGCAGGGAGCUCACCUGAUAGAGUUGUGGAGGGGAAACAAUGGCACAAUUAUACCCAUGGUUCUCAUCAUCAUAAUCGUUUUGAUUAUAUGGAUGACCGAAACAAAGUCAGUCGGCUGGGUCAUACUGAGAGGGAUAGCAAAAGGCACAUACAAGAGAACCAUGUUUGAUGCUGUGGCUACAGUUGCGGGGUAUGUGUCACUUAUAAUUUUGAAAUAUAUCUGGAUAUGUACCUUUGCAAAGAUCUUGGAAAGCCCUCAAUUCUGUUCUGAUGCAGAUGCACACCCUGUUAUGAUGCUUAUUCCCCUGGUCUAAGAAAUCUCUGGAUAUUGAAGGUAAUUUGAGUACCCCUUCUUCGACUUGGUUGGUUGGACCAGCACUUGUAUAAUUUUUGCCCCCCUCAAUUAACGGGCUUAUAUUUUAGCCAAAAUAAUAAUAAUGGGCUUAUAGGAGAAACAAUACUAUGUGAAGGAUGAUAUAUCUGGAUUAAAGAUGGACAUGGAAUGAAACGUCCAAUUUUCCAA